CAUAGACAGUAUAAAACAUGGACGUAGUAUCCAUGGUGAAAAUGCAGCGCCCGAGGAACCCCAGAGGUGGCCAGAGGAGGAGACCAGCUGCCAACUCAACCAAGAGUUGGAGGAAACAAAAGCACAGCUGAAGAGACAGAACUCCUUGAAAUAGAUGUUCAUCAACAAGGAAAAAGAGACAAGGCGUGAGCUAGAGAGACUGAAGAAGUACACAGAUUCAGAAACUCUCAGCACCGCAAAGAUCGCCAACCAGGUCAGAGACAACACCAAGAGGAAGAAAAAGAAACUCUUGCAAGUGGACUACGAGGAGCUGUAGUUGGCUCACAUCCUUAAUGAGGAGAAGUUCACCCACGAGUUCCAGGCAGAGAAGAACAAGAACAAGCUUCUCCAAGAGGAACUGGAACGGCUCCGUAUUUCAUAUCAAGUGCUCAGCGCAAGGUAUGAAAAUGAUGUUCCCAAAAUCAGAAAGCAGGCUGAUGCCCUUCAGCAUGAUCUUGAUAACGAGAUCUUGCACAAGCGUCUCCUGCAAUCUGACUUUGAUGAAGCCGCCACUGCGCUCCAGGAGGAGAGAGAGAAGAACAAGACCCUCCAGGAACAACUGGACAAGAUGAGUGUGUCACUCCGUGAGGUCAAGCAGCAGGCUGACACCCUUAGGUCUGACCUCGAGAGGGAACUUGAGCAGAAGACACCGUUCAACAUGAGCUUGAAAAGGAAGUCAAGUCUCAUGCAGUCUCAGUGUCAGAGGGCUUAAGUAUGAUCCACAACUUGAGGGCUGAGCAGGAAGCCCUUCGUCAAAAGACUGUGGAGGAGAUCACUAUCCUGUAGCAAAAUGCCCUUGAGAGUGAAAAGACUUUUGGGAGAGAUCUCGACGAGCUGAAAACUCAGCUCAGUGUUCAGAUCUCACUCAACCUGAAGCUCUCCACUGAGCUCAAAAUUGAGAGAGAGGCUCUCCAAAAAAUCACCAGCCGUGAUGACAACCAACCACAGAAAGAGGCUGAAGUCAUUGAGGAGAAGCAGUGUGAGCAGCAGGAGACCGUCAGUCCUGCACUGGCACUCGAAUCCCAGAGAGAGGCCCAGGGAAAUCUUCCAGACAGGACAGCAGAACCACCUUCUGUCUGGAAGAGAACCCGUCACUUUCUGGGGUUGAGGAAACCAAAGAAGAGGAAAAAGAGGCGGGAGGACCAAAGUAACAUCAAGUUGUCACUUUGAGUUGCAUAUUUGCAGCGGCCAGCACAUCAGGACCAGUUGAAGUUGUGAAGCAGUGCCCUGGGCAAAGGGGAUUCGCUGUGCAUAGUUUUGAGUCCUCUCCAUUUACAGAGACGAUAUCUAUGCACGACGUCAUCAGUGCAGCCACAGCCUCUGCUCACCUCUUAACUCUGAAGUUCACCACCCAGUCCUGCAUGUGCACAGGUCAGGAUGGGAUGCUCCACUAGUUCCCAAACUUCAGCGGUAGACACGACUCGACCCAGUGCUAAGCCCGAGGAGAGCAACGGAGCCAGCACAACAGGGGCAGCCAAUGAGAAUGGGAAAGCAGCUGAGGACAGCGAAACUAUUCCGGACCAGACACCUGCUCAGGGCGGCGAUGCUAAACCCACAGAAGAACCUGCUGCAGCUGCAACAUCUGCAGAUACCACCGCUGCAGUUCCACCUGCAGCAGAGGUGCCUCAGCCUGCUGCAGACAAUCCGCCUGCAGAGGCUGCUGCACCUGCUGCACCUGCUGAAGCUCCGGCAGCGGCAGUCAGCAGCGCUGAGACAGCGCAGAGCUCCUCAGAGCCUGCAGCUGCAGCUCCUGCAGCUCCUGAGCAAGAAAAAGCAGAGGCCACAGCGACUGGUUCAGAGCCCAAAACAGAGGAGGCACCAGCUCCCAGUGAGUGAGGUCCAACAUGAAUGACUGCGCAGAUUAGUUUGUUGGAAGUGUCUUACCUUGUUCGUUUAUGCAUGAGUGAAAGUAUGUGCAGGUGUGUGUUUGCUUGUGUGAAAGACAUCGCCUUGUUGCCAAGAUGCAGACCCUGUGACGACCAUUUUGUCUGGGUUCCCCAGUCAUCGCCGUGCCUUCUUCUCCUCAUGAUGGUGUAUGACUGCAAUUUCUGCUCGCAAACUGUACAUAGACAGAGUCCUACAGAGCUUAAUGGGUGUGUUUAUUUUCAUAGGAUGUCAGAGUAAGUCAAUUUCUGUUUAUUAUCCAUAUAGAGAUUUAUUAUAGAUUAUCUUUAACAUCAUAUAUCUCCUUUACCUUAAACCUAAGAGAUUCUGUAGUUUUCUACAAAGUUAUAAUUCUAAGAAAACCAAAGCCAAAAUAUAUCUGAUUUAUAAAAUUAUAUUCCUUUUGGGUAGCAGGCUUUGAUUUCAUGAUCAUGUUUAUAAUGAAUAUGAAGAGCUGAUACUUUCCAACUGAUUUUAAACUAGUUUAAACAAGUUUCCGAUGAGCACAAAUGAGAAGUGACCUUUGUUUUUUUUGUUUUUUUUUGGUUUCUGAUGUGUCAUGACGACCUGAAAUCUGUAAUAAGUUAGACUGGCAAAACAAUUAAA